AUGGCGACUACACCGCGCGCAUCACAGCGCUUUUCAGUGCAGACUAACGCGAGUUCGUCCUCUGCUUCUUCACACGUGUAUGCUCAGCAGCCGUCAUCGUCUACGCUAGGGGGAGACGCAGGGUCGGCGGCAUCGUACUCAUUCACGGGUGUGGCAGGGGAUGCGCUCCCCCCGGCGUUUUCUUCACGUCGAACGUCGGCGAGCGUGCUAUCGAGUGCAGCGAGCUCUGCGCACCAGUCGGCGCUGUUUUCGCCCACGACGUCAUCAUAUCGAAAAACUUUCCCCACCUCCGGCUCUACUGCUGGCAACCGCAACCCCUCGACAGCGUCCACAGCACCGAGCAUCGCCGGCCGCAUUGCAUCCUUCACCUCGUACGACGAGCCGUCGACCUCUUACGCCUCGCCUUUAUCCGCGGCAGCGGGACCGGACAUCGUCGAGCGCCCGCGCGACAAGACGCGCACGGCCGAGGUAGCGCUCUCCUCGCUCUCGUUUCUGUUCGGCGAGAUGGUGAGCUACACGCAGAACCGCGUGACGGGCGUGACGGACCUGGAGAAGCGGCUAAGUCUGAUCGGCUACACGAUUGGUCAGCGCGUGCUGGCGAUGACGAUGCACAGGCAGGAGAUGACGAGCAAUCCCAAGAACCCGAAGCGCGAGACGAGGCUGUUGCCGACGCUGCUGUGGAUCCACUCGGGGUUUUGGAAGGCGGCGUUCGGGAGGGCGGCGGACAGUUUGGAGCGGAGCACCGAAGCGGGCAGGUCGGACGAGUAUAUGAUCUCGACCAACGUGCCUACGUUCAGCAAAAGCAUUUGCGUGCCCAACGACAUGUCGCAGCUCUCGGUCGAGGCAAUCACCGCGGGCAUGGUCGAAGCCGCUCUGGACGGGUUAGGGUUCCCUGCCAGAGUGACGGCGCACACGGUGCCGACUGCGCAAUUCCCGAACCGCACCACCAUCCUCAUCAAGCUAGACAAAGCUGUCAUGGACAGAGAGGACGCUUUGGCCUCAACUUGA